CACCUUCCCUUCACAGGCCCCCCUUCCGCUCCCCCUCCCCUCCUCUGUAACUUCGUCUUUCACCUUCCCAUCUCCUCUCCCCAUCAAAACCGCACCGGGAGGAGCGAAAGCAGACUGCCAUCCAUGGACGCCUACGAGGCCACCAAGGUUGUGUUCGCGCGGGUGCAGGCGCUGCACCCGGACCUCGCCUCCAAGAUCAUGGGCAUGCUCCUCAUCCAGGACAAGAGCGAGGAGGACAUGAUCCGCCUCGCCUUCGGCCCCGAGCACCUGCUCCACGCCGUCGUCGCCAGGGCACGCGCCGACCUCGCCGCCGCCCACCACAGCAAGCCCUCCUCUCCGCCCACCGCGUCCUGGGGCGCAGGGAUGUCAGCGGAGGACGCGCCUUUCCCCGGCGUCGAUCAGGCGAGGUACGAAGGCGGCGGGGAAGGGUUUUACCCGCCGGAGGAGUUCGGGUGCUGGUCCCCGGCGAGCGGCGGACAGCACCGCCGGAGCUUCUCGCUGAGCGACGCCGAGGCGGCGGCCGGCGGGUGGAAGCCGUGCAUGUACUACGCGCGCGGGUUCUGCAAGAACGGCUCCUCCUGCCGGUUUGUCCACGUCCUGCCUGACCACGUCACCGAGCAGGACACGGAAGUCUGGACGGCGGCCAUGCGGUCGGAGCUCAUGUCGCCCGCCUUCCCCUUCUCGCCGUCGCCCAGAGGCCUCAACUUCCUGCUCCAGCAGCAGCAGCAGCAGAGCGACUCCCAGAGGGCGGCGGCGGCGGCCAUGCUUCUCGGCGGUGGAGGCGGCGACGACAUGCACAAGUUCUCCGUGCGGUCGCCUCGGAUGGACCGCGGCGGCGACCUCGCCUCCAGCCCCGCCGCGCGGCAGAUCUACCUGACAUUCCCGGCCGACUCCACCUUCAGCGAGGAGGACGUGUCCUCCUACUUCAGUUACUACGGGCCGGUGCAGGACGUGCGCAUCCCGUACCAGCAGAAGCGCAUGUUCGGCUUCGUCACGUUCGUGUACGCGGAGACGGUGAGGCUCAUCCUCGCCAAGGGGAACCCGCAUUUCGUCUGCGACGCGCGCGUCCUCGUCAAGCCCUACAAGGAAAAGGGCAAGGUCCCCGACAGGUUCAGGAAGUUCCAGGCUCCGCACCAUGGCGACUUCGCCGGAUGCACGACGCCCACCGGGCUGCUCGAUUCCAGGGACCCCUUCGACCUUCAGUCGCCGCAGAUCGGGCCGAGGAUGAUGUUCGGCAACAUUGGCAGCCACGAGGCGUUCCUGCGGAGGAAGCUGGAGGAGCAGCAGCAGGCGGCGGAGCUGCAGCAGGCCAUCGACCUGCAGAGCCGCCGCUUCAUGGGGCUGCAGAUUCUCGACCUCAAGAGGGGCCACCACCAUCUCGGCUCCACUGUCGCCCCGCCGUUGGCUCUCCGGCAGACCGAUGGCAUCGGCAACGGCAAUGCCAUUCAUCUGGAGGAUGCUGCAAUCCAAGCAGAUCACAAGAUGAGCAGUGCCAUGAUGAUGACAUCUGCUCCUGCUGCUAUUUGUGCCACCAUUGCCACAGAAGGCAAGCAGGAGGAGGAGGGCGACGGGAGUGCCAACCAAGGGGUCAACUCCGGGGAAGAUGAGAAGAGGGAACGUGGUCCUCCUGGAGCAGCAGCGGCCAGUGCUAAUGGAUUCCAAGAAAGCGGCGUGGAGGAGCACAACCUGCCUGAUAGCCCCUUUGCAUCUCCCACAAAGACAAAGGAUGCUGCUGCUUCUUCUUCCUCUGCAGAACCAGCCCUCGCUGGCAGCAUCAUGAACAACAACGGCAGCCCUCAUCUGGUGGCCUCGUCUCUGUUUACACCAACUGCCCUUGAGCUGCCCCCUUACAAAUCCUGCUUCUUCCAAGUGCCCAGGUUCUCUCCUGGCCAUGGUGCCAUCGGGCUGUGAAUAUUAAGCAGAAAACAGGGGUCUCCUUUCCUCUUAAGCAGACGAAGCCAUGAGCACCCCAUGAAGUGAGUGAAUGGAAGGUAAAAGGCUCUAACAAAUAAUAGAAGUGAUCCCGAGAGAGGAGCAGGGACACCACCAACAACAACAGCAACAGAAGAAAGGAAAGAAAAAUCUAGGUUGUUUUAGCUCUAGCCAGCCUUAAUUAAGUCAGUCAGUCAGUCAGUAUAUGAUAGUAGUAGUAUAAAUAAUACCCCUCCUUAGUAGUCAGCUGCUCCAAGAAGUAGUAGUAAUCCAGAAGAAGAAGAAGAAAACUGUGUGUGUGUCUGUCUAUCUUCAUGCAUCAUUUUGUAUGCUGUGCUCUGUAAUUUCAUGGAUGGAUCUCAGAAUGGCGAUGAUAGUAGUGGUAAACUGAACCAGUC